CGGUUCCGAUGUAUCUCGUCGUCGUGUUCCGCAGAACGCUAAACGCCGCGCACGGGACCACUCCGAUUCAUCAGUCCCGCGUUCGCCAAUCAAGGAGCCGACCUAGCCAAGGUUCCUCGAACAUCCUCGCUCGACCAGACGGGCUAUAAAGAUCAAACACGAGUCCAUCGGAUAUGAAGUAUUCGCCGCAGCAGCAGCAGCAGCAACAGAAGCAGCGAAAGUCGGAGAGCAGCGACGCCGCGUCCAUGGACGCCACCCUCAGCCGGACGUCGCCGUCCGCGACGCAGGAGCAACGCAAGGCCUCGUCGACGUCGUCGUCGACGCGGGCGCCCGUCUGCCGUUCGCCGUCCACCGGCAUGUUCGCCUGGAUGCGCGUCUUCCGGCUCGCGUCGAUGCUGCACCAGGUCGGCUGCUAAGGCCCACCUCGUCGAGCAUGGACCGCGCUGAAAUAGGAAGCGAGAAACGGAGAGUUAAAAAGGAAGAGAGAGAAAGAGAGAGAGUCGAUAGAAUCGUAUACCUUAACAAUCACAGAUUAAAUAAUUAAUAUUACAACACAGCGGAGACGCGCGUAGCGCGAAAACGGCGAUCCUGUUUCGUCCCUCUUUCGCGUCGCGAGUUAUAUACAGUUAACAAAAAAAAUAUAUAUACAUAUGAAUAUAUAUUUAUGCAGGCCGAGUCGUUAACGUAGGGACACGGCCAAUGUCGUAGCUCGAUCAUAGUGCGUUACGCGAAGACGAAUCGCCGAGUUGCGAUUCGCCGCGUAGAGAUGUCGUUAAGAUGUAAUCUGGGUCGCGCCCGCGUUACAUCGCCACCCUGGCGCGAAAGGACGCCAUUCCCCUCCCCGUUGCAUUUCCUUACACGGGGAAUUUAUGAUUUUUCUUUUUUCUUCCUUUCUAUAAGACACGUUCGCUUUUGACCGCAUCUCAAUUUAAUUAACUAAUCCCCUUAAUCAAUUGAUUUAGAACCAUCAAUUGAGUUAGAGCCGCGUUAUUAUUCCGUUCGGUUUUUCCCGUUUCGCGUGAGAAUAUUAACUUGCCUUACCCACGGGAAUUACGCGGACGUGCGCAAUUAAUGUAGCGGUCAUUACAUCAAUCGGUUCGCUUCCCUUCCGCGAAGGGGUUGGCGCGGCCUCGGUCGCACACGCAGAGUUAAAACGACGCGCGCGCGCGCGCGCGCGCGCGUCCCGCGACUAACUUCGUGCAUAUGGAUCGAAACGUGAAAAACGUGGGAAAAACACGUAGCGAUUCGAAUUGAAUCGCGAAGGAUUCGAUCGCGGGGGAGACAAUCUCGUGGACGAUUCGUCACACAUCCCGGCGGAUUUAAAGGUGACGAUGACGACGUUAGUCGCGGAAUUCAGCCGCGUUUAGCCGUCGAUCAAUCCGUCGAUCGAUCCUUACGUAGCGCGAGCCCCGACGAGAUCGACUCGUCGCUUUAGAGAGAGAUGGGCUCGCUCAUUCCGGACGAACGCGCGUCCAUGAUUCGCGCGCUAUUCUGUCACAACGAUGCGUGUGACUCGUAGUCGGAUUACGAAUGUUACAAAAAAAAACCGCGGCGUCGCGACGUUGCCGCGAAGUCGUCGAGUUUGAUUUCGAUCCCUUCCCUCUUGAUUUUUUUCUCCUCUCGUCCUCCCUUCUUCCCCGCUGCUGACCGAUGACGUCAGCGUAUCCCAUUGCGCACCGUGAAUUCUAUUUUUAUAUAUUACAUGUACAAACGACGAGAGAGCGACGUAUCGUUUUUUUUCUCCCUCCCUCUCUUCCCCCUCCCCCUCCCGCGAAGCAUCGUGCUUCUUGUCACGAACAGGAGAAAAAAUGAUGAGACCCGGUUAACAAGGUGUGCCCUCGAAAGAGACCGCGAGGAAGUCACGCGACUUCCUUUAAGGUUGUUCGCGAAUUACGUCCGAAUCCACUCCCCACACCAUGUUGAUUGUCUCGUCACGUUCAGCGCCGAGCUCUAUCGAUGUUAUAUCUCGUUGAUCGUUACAUGAAUAUAUUUUAUGAUUGCGCAGAUUCACAAAUAAA